CACAUACACACACACACACACACACACACACACACAUAGUGGGCAUUCUGCUUGUAUCACCACCACAGUAGUUCAUGCCCAGUAAUAGUCAGUGGUGUUGUAUUGGACGUAGGCUGCCUUUAAGUUAAUUCAUCUGAUCCACUGCAGGAAAACGCUGCACCACCGCGGAAAAAAGAAAACAUUCAUUUUUUUAUACUGCACUCAGAAGGGGAAGACUAGCAGGUUCCUGACAAUACAUCCUUACUGUGGAUGAACAUUCAACCUGGCGAUCAAGAGAUGUUGUCUUAAUAAAUGUUAAAGACACAGCUUUUUAUUAAGCAAGAUGUCAACCACAACAGAAAAUGGAAUUGGAGGUGCUUGGAGUACCAACAGGGAAAAAACAUACAAGAAGACAACGUCAUCGGCCUUGAAGGGAGCCAUUCAGCUGGGCAUUGGCUAUACAGUUGGAAACCUCACCUCCAAACCAGACAGAGAUGUGCUUAUGCAAGAUUUCUAUGUGGUGGAGAGUGUCUUUUUACCCAGUGAGGGAAGCAACUUGACCCCUGCACAUCAUUAUCCUGACUUCCGCUUCAAGACCUAUGCCCCACUGGCAUUUCGCUACUUCAGGGACUUGUUUGGCAUCAAACCUGACGACUAUCUGUACUCACUUGUCAAUGAGCCUUUGAUUGAGCUGACUAACCCUGGAGCCAGUGGAUCUCUCUUCUACUUGACCUCUGAUGAUGAGUUCAUCAUUAAAACAGUUCAGCACAAGGAGGCUAAAUUCCUGCAGAGAUUACUUCCUGGAUACUAUAUGAACCUGAACCAGAACCCACGUACUCUACUUCCCAAAUUUUAUGGACUGUACUGUAUCCAGUCAGGAGGCAUCAAUAUCCGGCUGGUGGUUAUGAACAAUGUGCUGCCUCGCUCGGUCAAAAUGCACCACAAAUACGACCUGAAAGGAUCCACAUACAAGAGGCGAGCCUCCAGGAAGGAGAGAGAGAAGGCAUGUCCCACCUUCAAAGAUCUGGACUUCCAGGACAUGCACGAAGAAGGACUUUACUUUGACACAGAGACGUACAACAACCUGAUGAAGACGCUGCAGAGAGACUGCCGGGUGUUGGAGAGUUUUAAGAUCAUGGACUACAGCCUGUUGCUGGGUGUUCACGUCCUGGACCAGAACCAGAAAGAGGGUUCCGAUCAGGGCCAGGCAGUAGGGGACCGAGCCAGACCUGUAGCCCAAAGGGUCCUCUACUCCACCGCCUUGGAGUCCAUCCAGGGAGACGGCAAGGCUGCUGAAGCCCUCACCACAGAUGACACCAUGGGUGGCAUCCCUGCCAAAACACACAAAGAAGAUAAGCUGCUCAUCUUUCUUGGCAUCAUCGAUAUUCUACAAUCAUACAGAUUCAUAAAGAAGCUGGAACAUUCAUGGAAAGCUCUGGUGUAUGAUGGCGACUCUGUGUCGGUGCACCGACCCGGCUUCUACGCCAGCCGCUUUCUCAAGUUCAUGAGCACUCGGGUCUUCCGGAAGACUCAGCAGAUUAGAUUCUCCCCUUCAAAGAGGACUCGUACAUCCAUUCCCGCUCUGAAGUCGUCCUCUCAGGAGAUCCUUUCAUUGCGGGUGGAUGAGAGGGAUGAGGAGAAAGACAGGGGGGGUCCUCUGGAAGGGGCUCGCAGUCUGGCUAGUUUGGAUGGACAAGCUGUGUUUGCUUCAUACCUUCACCCAGACCUGGUUCAUGCCAACACAUCCUUUUUGGAGGGCUCCUCCAUGGGAACUCUCUCCUCCUCCUGCAUCUUGGUUGGCGUGGACAACCAAAGUGAUGAGAGAGAUGACAUUGCAUCGAGUUCCACGUUUACCUUGGAGGACAGCGCCAUCUGCCUCACAUCGGCGCAUAGCACCAUGGAUGUGGACCGUGAUGAUGCAUCGGUUCUUGACGUCUACUUGUGAAAGGAGGACCUUCUUCACAAGCUUCAUCUUCACCUGACAAUCUCCACGUCAUGGUCUCACUGGCUGAAUCAGCUCAUUUAGUACUGCUGCUCCAUUCUUCUUGUUGCCAACACAUGAGAGGACAGUGGAUGGACUGAUGGUCACAUCAACGGAUACCAUGUGACAUCAUGCCAUGUGAUCAACACACAUGGCAAAUGCAGUGCCAUGUAUGUUCUUAUCACAAAGAUCUAUACAAUCUAUUUAUCCGCUAUAUACAUUACUGUGCUGAACUGUGAUGAGGAAUGUUUACAGUGGAGUCACGGUGACAACAUGGGACUCUAUAGUGAACACACGCACACCCCGACGGGAUGAUUGAAGGCCUUAGUGACAAGGUCAAGGUAGAGCCAUUUCCAGGCAGGAGCCAGGUGCUGCUGCACAGCCAAGAAAGGAGGAAAGACUUAAAUCAAGGAACCUCCUCCUCUUGAUUCAAAACAGCACUUUUGGACUGGAGUAGGAGAUGAUGCAUAGCAGGGUGGAGUACUGACAUAAGCACAAACUUGGACGAGUGAACAUGCACCCCCCCCCCCCCCACAAAAAUGAACCAAGUGACAUUGUAGAUCUUUUUGGAGAAGUUUUGUUUGUAUCAUAGCAGAAAAGCAGUUUAUUCUUUUAUACCGAGUAACUGCAUCCUCUUGACCAAAUAUUUACAUCAUGAAGCUGUCUUGAUACCUCUUCUUCACUGAUAUUUCCAGCUCGAAAUGUCCAAUACCAGGAUCCUGUUGUCAAUGCCAUAAUUUAUUAUGUAAAACAAUUUCACCAUUUGCUGAUAAGAAAUCACAGAAUGUAAAGACAAUGCAUAUUUAUAUAGGAGACCCCUCUGAAUAAAGUGAUAAACAUUGAGUGGCUUGCAUCUU